UCGUCCCAAAUCAAAGGAAUGAAGUCUGGCUCCGGAGGAGGGUCCCCGACCUCGCUGUGGGGGCUCCUGUUUUUCUGCGUCGCGCUCUCGCUGUGGCCGGCGACCGGAGAAAUCUGCGGGCCCGGCAUCGACAUCCGCAACGACUACCAGCAGCUGAGGCGCCUGGAGAACUGCACGGUGAUCGAGGGUUACCUGCACAUCCUGCUCAUCUCCAAGGCCGAGGACUAUCGGAGCUACCGCUUCCCCAAGCUCACGGUCAUCACCGAGUACCUGCUGCUGUUCCGCGUGGCCGGCCUCGAGAGCCUCGGCGACCUCUUCCCGAACCUCACGGUCAUCCGCGGCUGGAAGCUCUUCUACAACUACGCCCUGGUCAUCUUCGAGAUGACCAACCUCAAGGACAUCGGGCUUUACAACCUGCGGAACAUUACCCGGGGGGCCAUCAGGAUCGAGAAAAACGCCGACCUCUGCUACCUGUCCACGGUGGACUGGUCCCUGAUCCUGGACGCCGUCUCCAACAACUACAUCGUGGGGAACAAGCCCCCAAAGGAGUGUGGGGACCUGUGUCCAGGGGCGAUGGAGGGGAAGCCGCUGUGUGAGAAGACCAGCAUCAACAAUGAAUACAACUACCGUUGCUGGACGACAAACCAGUGCCAGAAAACGUGCCCGAGCGCGUGCGGGAAGCGGGCGUGCACGGAGGACCACGAGUGCUGCCACCCCGAGUGCCUGGGCGGCUGCAGCGCGCCCGACGACGACGCGGCCUGCGUGGCCUGUCGCCACUACUACUUCGCCGGCGUGUGCGUGCCCAGCUGCCCGCCCAGCACCUACCGCUUCGAGGGCUGGCGCUGCGUGGACCGCGACUUCUGCGCCAACAUCCCCAACGCCGAGAGCAGCGACACCGAGGGCUUCGUCAUCCACGACGGCGAGUGCAUGCAGGAGUGCCCCUCGGGCUUCAUCCGCAACGGCAGCCAGAGCAUGUACUGCAUCCCUUGCGAAGGACCUUGCCCCAAAGUCUGCGAGGAAGAAAAGAAAACGAAGACCAUUGAUUCGGUUACUUCUGCUCAGAUGCUCCAAGGAUGCACCAUAUUCAAGGGCAAUUUGCUCAUUAAUAUUCGACGAGGCAAUAACAUUGCCUCGGAGCUGGAGAACUUCAUGGGGCUUAUUGAGGUGGUGACGGGCUACGUGAAGAUCCGUCAUUCCCACGCCUUGGUGUCCUUGUCCUUCCUGAAAAACCUUCGCCAGAUCUUAGGAGAGGAGCAGCUGGAGGGGAAUUACUCCUUCUACGUCCUCGACAACCAGAACCUGCAGCAGCUGUGGGACUGGGACCACCGGAACCUCACCAUCAAGGCCGGGAAAAUGUACUUCGCCUUCAACCCCAAACUCUGUGUCUCCGAAAUUUACCGCAUGGAGGAGGUGACGGGGACCAAAGGGCGCCAGAGCAAAGGGGACAUAAACACCAGGAACAACGGAGAGAGAGCCUCCUGUGAGAGCGACGCCCUGCACUUCACCUCUACCACGACGUGGAAGAACCGCAUCAUCAUCACGUGGCACCGGUACCGGCCGCCAGACUACAGGGACCUCAUCAGCUUCACCGUCUACUACAAGGAAGCACCCUUUAAAAACGUAACGGAAUAUGACGGGCAGGACGCCUGCGGCUCCAACAGCUGGAACAUGGUGGACGUGGACCUCCCUUCCAAUAAGGACAUCGAGCCCGGCAUCCUACUGCACGGGCUGAAGCCCUGGACGCAGUACGCCGUGUACGUCAAGGCCGUGACCCUGACCAUGGUGGAGAAUGACCACAUCCGCGGAGCCAAGAGCGAAAUCUUGUACAUCCGCACCAACGCCUCAGUUCCUUCCAUCCCCCUGGACGUCCUGUCCGCGUCCAAUUCCUCUUCCCAGCUGAUCGUGAAGUGGAACCCGCCCUCUCUGCCCAACGGCAACCUGAGCUACUACAUCGUGAGGUGGCAGCGCCAGCCUCAGGACAGCUACCUGUACCGGCACAAUUACUGCUCCAAAGACAAAAUCCCCAUCAGGAAGUAUGCCGAUGGCACCUUCGACAUCGAGGAGGUGACAGAGAACCCCAAGACGGAGGUGUGCGGUGGGGAGAAGGGGCCUUGCUGCGCGUGCCCCAAAACCGAAGCCGAGAAGCAGGCGGAGAAGGAGGAGGCCGAGUACCGCAAAGUCUUCGAGAACUUCCUGCACAAUUCCAUCUUCGUGCCCAGACCCGAGCGGAAGCGGAGAGAUGUCGCACAGGUGGCCAACACCACCAUGUCCAGCCGAAGCAGGAACAGCACGGCGGACGCCUACAACGUCACAGACCUGGAAGAGCUGGAGACGGAAUAUCCUUUCUACGAGAGCAGAGUGGACAACAAGGAGAGAACCGUCAUCUCCAACCUGCGGCCCUUCACUCUGUACCGCAUCGACAUCCACAGCUGCAACCACGAGGCGGAGAAGCUGGGCUGCAGCGCCUCCAACUUCGUUUUUGCAAGAACCAUGCCUGCAGAAGGAGCAGAUGACAUUCCUGGGCCGGUGACCUGGGAGUCGCGGCCGGAAAACUCCAUCUUUUUAAAGUGGCCGGAACCUGAGAAUCCCAAUGGAUUAAUUCUAAUGUAUGAAAUAAAAUACGGAUCACAACUCGAGGACCAGCGGGAGUGCGUGUCCAGGCAGGAGUACCGAAAGUACGGAGGCGCCAAGCUGAACCGGCUCAACCCGGGCAACUACACGGCCCGCAUCCAGGCCACCUCUCUGUCCGGAAAUGGGUCGUGGACGGACCCUGUGUUCUUCUACGUCCAGGCCAAAACGACCUAUGAAAAUUUCAUGCACCUGAUCAUCGCCCUGCCCAUCGCCAUCCUGCUCAUAGUGGGGGGGCUGGUGAUAAUGCUGUAUGUCUUCCACCGGAAAAGAAACAGCAACAGGCUGGGGAAUGGAGUGCUGUACGCGUCCGUGAACCCCGAAUACUUCAGCGCGGCUGACGUGUACGUGCCCGACGAGUGGGAGGUGGCCCGCGACAAGAUCACCAUGAGCCGGGAGCUGGGCCAGGGCUCCUUCGGGAUGGUGUAUGAGGGCGUGGCCAAGGGCGUGGUCAAGGACGAGCCCGAAACCAGGGUGGCCAUUAAAACCGUGAACGAGGCCGCGAGCAUGCGCGAGAGGAUUGAAUUUCUCAACGAGGCUUCGGUGAUGAAGGAGUUUGUUCUGAGUCCUCCUGUCUGCCAUUCCUCCCAGGUGCGGCUGCUGGGCGUGGUGUCCCAGGGCCAGCCAACGCUGGUCAUCAUGGAACUGAUGACACGAGGCGAUCUCAAGAGUUACCUCAGGUCCAUGAGGCCGGAGAUCGAGAAUAAUCUGGUCCUCGUGCCUCCAAGCCUGAGCAAGAUGAUCCAGAUGGCGGGAGAGAUCGCGGACGGCAUGGCGUACCUGAACGCCAACAAGUUCGUGCACAGAGAUCUGGCCGCCCGCAACUGCAUGGUGGCCGAGGAUUUCACCGUCAAAAUCGGAGAUUUCGGUAUGACCAGAGACAUCUACGAGACAGACUAUUACCGGAAGGGAGGGAAAGGCCUGCUGCCCGUGCGCUGGAUGUCCCCUGAGUCCCUGAAGGACGGCGUCUUCACCACUCAUUCUGACGUCUGGUCCUUCGGCGUCGUCCUCUGGGAGAUCGCCACGCUGGCCGAGCAGCCGUACCAGGGCUUCUCCAACGAGCAGGUGCUGCGCUUCGUCAUGGAGGGCGGCCUGCUGGACAAGCCGGACAACUGCCCCGACAUAAUGUUCGAGCUGAUGCGCAUGUGCUGGCAGUACAACCCCAAGAUGCGGCCGUCGUUCCUGGAGAUCAUCGGCAGCAUCAAGGACGAGAUGGAGCCCGGCUUCCAGGAGGUGUCCUUCUACUACAGCGACGAGAACAAGCCGCCCGACAUGGAGGAGCUGGACCUGGAGCCGGAGAACAUGGAGAGCAUCCCGCUGGACCCGUCGGCCUCGUCGCUGUCCCUGCCGCUGCCCGACAGACACUCGGGACACAGGGCCGAGAACGGCCCGGGCCCGGGCAUGCUGGUCCUCCGGGCCAGCUUCGACGACAGGCAGCCUUACGCGCACAUGAACGGGGGACGCAAGAACGAGAGGCCGCUGCCUCUGCCCCAGUCGUCCACCUGCUGACCUGGCGGCCCAGCAACAGUAACGUGCGCGCGCUCGGCGGGGGUGGGCAGCGAGUGCUCUCGUCCGGUCGCAGCCUCCUGUGUACCUCAGUGGGUCUUCAGAGCUGCCGCGCUGCCUGGGGAGUCGGCUUCUCUGCAGUAAACAUACUUGGGAUGUUCCUUUUUUCAAUAUGCAAGCAGCUUUUUAUUUUCCUACCUGAACCCUUAACUGAUGUGGGCCUUUAAGAAACUUAAUGACGAUCCUGAAUAGCAAGCAACAGGACACCUGAGAAUCGAGUCUCCUCACUCUUCCCGUCUCUCUCUCUCUCUCUCUCUCUCUCUCUCCCCUUCUCUCUCUCUCUCUGUCUCUCUCUCUCUCUCUCUCUCUCUCUCUCUGCUUCAUAAUGGAAAAACAUUUGCCACAAGCCCAGCCGAGACGCCCUUUUCAAAUCAGACUGAGCAAAUGGUUCUCCCUCCCCCUGGCCCCUGUACGCGCCUGCCUGUCACCGUAGGUCUUUAUAAAACACACGCAGAGAUGGCAUUUUUUAACCGUCUUUAACUUUUUUAGGGACACACGAAACUUAAAAAGGGCCAUCCAUCAUUCGUCCCAGCUCACCAUUGUUACGCUGCCAAAUUCCGCCCAAACCCGGAGCUUUCUCCCUCGCGACCCUGCCCGUUUUCUUGUUCCCGGCAGCGGGGUGGGGGGCGAGCGUGGUCCGGGUCGCUCCCGCGAGACCCCCGCUGGCGAUGCGCCCCAUCCCGCACCCGCUCAGCCCCUCGUGUUCUUUUCAAGUCUCGCGUUCACACAGCUCAGUUUGCUUUCGACUAGGGUAUGCGGGGGGCGGGGGGCCUGGACGGAAUGAGAUGUCCAGAGAAGAUGGGGGGAAGCUGAGCUGGCUCCCCUGCCCCACUGCCCCACCCCCACCUUCGGGCCCCCGGGCCCUGUCCAGAGCCUGGCAGACAGGCUUUGAGCACAGGUCAUCCACGAGCCAGUCUCCUGUCCUUCCCCGCUCCCCCCGGGGCCUCAGCCCAGCUGUUUGUGCAGGUUUGCAAGGAAAGAAAUUCAAACACCACAACGACAGUAAGAAGAAAAGCAGUAAACGGAUUCAAGCAUUCUGAGCUCUGCUGACAUUUUCUCUGUUACUAGGACUUCUUCGUGGCUCUUACAGUUCUAUGUUCGACCAUGAAACAUUUGCAUACACAUCGUCUUUAACGUCACUUUUAUAACUUUUUUACGGUUCAGAUAUUCAUCUAUACGUCUGUACAGAAAAAAAAAAAAAAGCUGCUAUUUUUUUUUGUUCUUUA